UUCCUAUCUCACUCUUGUCUCUCUCCCCUCUUUCCUAUCUCACUCUUGUCUUUUUCCCCACCUUCUUUCUUUUUUCCUCUUCUCUCUAUGUCUUUUUCUCUCUUUCUCUUCCCUUUCUCUCCUUUUGUGUUCUCUCUCUCUCUCUCUCUCUCUCUCUCUCUCAAAUGUUGCAUAAGUGCCAGACGAAUGAUUUUCAUGAGAAAUCCCAACUUGGAAAAAAACCUAGCAAAGGGUUAAAAUAAUAAAAAAUAAAUGAGCUCAUUAGUUGUGUUGCAGCUGAGGAGGUGGAGCUGCUUCAGUUAUUGACAGAUCAGUGCUAAUGCAGCAGUGUGCUCUUCUGGAUGCUUCUUUGGAUGCUUUUGUUUAUAGACAUGCACUUGCUUUCGUAUGUAAAAUGUCGACCCGGAUUAAAUGGAUAUUAUUUUCAUAUUUUGCAUAUUUGUUUGCAUUGUGUUAAAACACAUCACCUCAAAUCCCAUAGAUGGCGCUCAGUAGGGGGAAGGGCUCGCUGGACAGUAGCUCAUCAAUCAGUAGUGGUCUGGAGAAAUGUUCCCUCAACGCACACGCCGAGGCUAACGCGGUUAUUGUAGAGAAACUCGAAAAGGAAAAUGCCAAGCUGAAAACGCAGUACGAAGAACUGAGGUGUCAGUAUGUGCAGCUCCUAGAGGAGGCCAAGGAGGAGAAGUUUGACGAGAGGAGAGUCAACCUGCUCAAGGCUCAGGUCAUGCAGCUGGAAAGACAGGUGAUUUUGCUGUCCGAGGGCUUGAGCUCACAAGUCUGCCGCUGUCAGGAUGUGGAGAAAGCCCUUGAUCCUCUAACUCAGAGAUUAAGAUCGCUGCUGUGCUCCGAGGAUCCUGCUGCUGGUGUGGUGAUCACUCGGGCAGAGCUCACGCAGCUUACAGAAAGCUGUGAGGAUGUGAAACAGAAGCUGCACAGAAAUAAUAAGGUGACUUUCCCGGAGGAUCUCGCCAUGCCCUGGAUGCUGAGUGGGUCGAAAUUGAGCAAGCAGCCCACCACCCUGCUGGAUCUCUGUUACGGCAAGACGAAUAACCUAAACCUUCAGGAAGUGAGCGCCCUGGAGUCCAAGCUCAGCCAGCUGUUCAAACACCUGCACGGAAUGAGACAGACCCUCAGCCUCAUCCUGGCUCCUCACCAAGAACCUGACAAUCCCGCAGAACACACAACUCCUACAGCCGUCUACGCUCGGCUACUGAACCAGUCGCACCACUGCUGCACAGUCCUGGACCGCUGUUGCCUCGACCUCCUGACCCUGUCUCUCAUCGUGCCCUCGGCACCCUGGGCCAGCCCAAAGCAGCGGGUAAUUCAGGAGCUGGAGGUGGAGAACAUCCUGGCAACGCUGCCAGCUUUUCCCCGAGGAGCACCCCUCCAGCGGGCAAGACGCGCCGCUCAGGCCCUGAGCCGAGCCGCCAAUUACUCAGUACUGAUGGCCCAACAGCAGGUGAAAGCUCUUGAGGCUGAGUUGGACUUCCAUAGAAGCUUGUACAGCCUGCAGGUCCGGACCAUAGAGGAACUCAUCCAGGGAAUCCGACAAGCUUAUCAAGCCUUCCAGGAGAACAUCUCUCGGAGUCUGUGUGUUCCACUGCAAGAUGUCCUUUCAUGUUAUGAGGAUCUGAGGAGCACAGCGUCAGAGGCUGCACUUCACCGCUUCCUGUCAGCUUUUAAGAGCAACUUGGCGCAGAUACGAGAGGCAGUGGAUGCCUUCGGCCCUUCAAAGAGUGAAGGAGAUGAAGCCCUGGCGCAGUAUGGCCAUGACUUCCUGCACACUGUGGAAAAGCUCCUGAAAGAGUGCACUGAGAACAGAGAGAAAGCAGCAAGUCAGCUGCACUCCCUCCAGCAAGAGCAGCAGCAGGCAGUUCAGACCCUGCACGUCUUGCGAGCCCAGAGGAAGGAAGUGAGCACAGAAAAGGCCCAGCUCCAGUCAGCAUGUUCUGGGAACGCUCAGUGCGAGAGUCCUGCUGCUCAGUCUGGAAGUGCGGAAAAAUCCAGAACUGCACCUAAAGAGCCGUCUACAACGCCAGCCGAGCAGAGAAACCGAGUGAUCCGAAGAGCUCUGUCAGUCCAUGCCUCCAGAAACAGCUCGUCUCAAGAGAGGGGGGUCAACCAGAGGCCGGGCAGAGAGGAGGAUGGGCUGAAGAGGAGGAGUUCUUUCAGAAGCAAGAGCAGGAAGACAGCAGAUAGACCUGAUUGGCAGACCUAGCCAUGUUGAGAGAAAGAAAAACCGUUUACCGUUUAAGCCCAACCUCUCCAUUUUCAUACUACUUGCCUGUCCUGUGAGAUAGUGAACUCUUGAAUAGUGAGCUUUCAGGGCCUCAGUCAAGGCGAGAGGACGACAAGCCUGGGGGUGCGUUACAGGAUGACACAAUAACACUCUGUUUUUAUUCACUUCCUUCAAAUAGCUGUCAAGGCAGGUGUGUUUUUUAAAGUUCAACAUGCCCUGCUCCUAUUAUAAAGCCUAUUUCUGUGUGUUGCCUUUGUUUGGAUAGGUAGAGUUUACUCUGUGUUUAUUUAAACUGACAUUUUUGUAAGGAACUCUAAAGGCAACAUGAAACUAAACCUGCAAACCUGACCAUUUUUACCUUUUUAGUUCAUGUCCUGAUCACACUAUCAGUAUCAGCCACUUAAAUGACAGAAUUCUUGUUUCUUCCAUCAAUAUGCAAUGGCUUAUUAUGUCUAUAAAAUUCUUCUGAUUUUUGACUACAUCAAAAUAAAAACAUCAAUUAAUAAGAUCAUUUCCUGAUUUACCUUCCCCUCCCCCGGCUAUCAGUGGGCCUCAUUUAUGGAUCUUUUAAUAAAUAUUUUCGUAGGCCAAAGUAAUACUGAUUUUCUUCAGUAAUACGGAUUUUCUUCAUAAUCUUGUGUGUACAUUGAUAAAUGCUUAAUUAACAAAAAUAAAUGAACAAGCACAUUCACAGCACAGCUGAUUUCGAUUUAAUGAUGCCCACUAAACACACACUAACUCUAACACUAACAUUCUCAUUUUUAUAGGGUGCUAUUUUUUUAUCCUUAAUUAAAGUCUUAUUUGUUAUA